GACUAUUGCUUGUUUUCCUUCUUGGUUUGUUUAUUUAUAGAUAUUAUAUACUAAAAUUAAUAAUCGUUUUCACGUGUAAACACUGCACAAUAGUCAGUUCCUAUGAUAUGUUUGUAGACGGCACUUGUUUACAAUAUUUAAAUUUUACGUGAAAACUUUUGCCAUAAAGAAAUGUUUAACCCUGACAUCAAUGAUUAUCAAUUGACUUCGAUCAUAUCUGAAUGCUGUGGUGGUAUUGCAGUUGUUUAUUCAGCUAUUCACAAGCCAGAUAAUCAAAAUGUCGCGAUCAAAAGGUAUUUUGUUGACAAGUCAAAGGAAAAAGCCAAUUUGAUACAGCAAGACAUACUAACUCGGAAAGAGCUGCAGCACCCCAACAUUCUCCCAUACCUGACUUCCUUCGUCCAUGGCCAGGAACUGUAUGUGGUGUCUCCGCUGAUGGAACUUGGCUCCUGCAGAGACAUCCUGGAUCGAUACUUCCAAGAGGGUCUGCCGGAAUUGGCCUGUGCAAUCAUAUUGAGGGAUGUGCUGGCUGCGCUACAGUAUUUGCAUAAACAGUUUUAUGUGCAUAGAAGUGUAAGAGCGAGCCAUGUGCUUCUCGACAGACAUGGCAAUGUGCGUCUAUCUGGCCUGCGGUCAGCCGCUAGCAUGAUGGUGAGGGGGCGACGACAGAAGCACUUACACAGCUUACCGCCCCCCGAUCAUGAUAAUGCUAACCUUAUGUGGCUUAGCCCAGAACUUUUGGAACAGAAUCUCAGAGGCUACGACGAGCAGUCAGAUAUCUAUUCGCUAGGCGUGCUAUGUUGUGAACUAGCGAACGGCGCAGUACCGUUCGCGGAAGUACCGACUACCCUCAUGUAUACAGAGAAGGUGCGAGGCAACAGGCCGCAGCUGCUCGACUGCUCCUCGUUCCCGGAGCCGCUUGAUGAUGGUGAAAUGAAAAGCAUGUACAACACAGACAGUGGCGUGGGCGACAGCGCGGAGGGCGUGUGGCGCGCGCGGCUCGUGUUCGCGCACCGCAAGCUGUCCGACCCCUUCCACCGCCUCGCAGACGCCGCACUGCAUCGUGACCCAGACAAGCGGCCGUCAGCAACACAACUAUUGAAUCAUCCGUUCUUCAAGCAAAUCAGAAGAACAGACUACCUUCCCAGCCUCAUUGGAAGGGUGAAACCUAUCAAACCGGAUCAGAAUGACAUAUCAGCUUUGUUAUUAGAAGAGAAGUUGUCCGAAAUGAACAUAGAGAAAACUACGGAGUGGGACUUUUGAGACAAUAAACUAUUAGAUGACCAAUUCAUAAAUUAUAUGUAUAUGUAUUUAAAUUGCCUGACUACAAAAUAUAUUGCCAUUAAUUUUAUCCAUUGUUGUGAUUUUUAACAAAUAAAUAAGAUAAAACUGUGAGAUACAUUCAAUAUCAAGAAAAAUUAUAGUUUUUUCAUACUUGCGUAUUUUUUGGCAAAACACUAUUUUUAUUAAUCACUGUUUUGUCGUAGAUAACAAUAAGAUAACUUAUAAAUUAAAUGAAAAUAAAUAAAAUUUCAUUAGAUCUAGCGCAAAGAAAAUUAUGCUAUCUAUAGGGACUAGGGUACUUAGGUCAUAAUGAAUAUUCUCUCAUUUUAAUGCUAUGAUAAAUUACAUACCUAUUAAAUUAUUUUUUGUACAUUCUUAUAUUGGCCCAAGACAGCAAUAUUUUUAUACAAAUUAUACAUUCAAUAAGCAAUAGAAAUACCCUACCAUAAACAAUGAUCACAUUAAAAUGGCGGAGUUUUGGCGCCAAAUUUUCAUGUUACCUUUUUUUUCGGUGACAUGUCAGAAUGUGAUUUUUUGUUGUGUUGGUGACAUGUCUGUCAAUUGUUAUUAAAUUUUCGAAUAUCAGUUUUUCACUUGAUACAAUACCUAAUGAACUUAAAACAUCAUAGGUACUACUUGUAUUAAUAUUGACUAUUAUUACUACAUAUUGUAAUUAAAACAUCUAUAAUUUGUAACAUUCUUGCAAAUAAAUAUAAUUUGAAUUUGAAUUUACACUGGUCUCCUAAAUAAACAAACUUUUGUUUCUCAUAAGUGAUAAAAUCUUAGUAAGUAUUAUUUUUGUGUAAAUUAUAGAGUAUGAGUGUUUAAUUUUAGAGAUGACGUUAGUUUUGUGAAUAAAUAAUGUUGUUGGAUAUU